AGCCAAAGUCAAGUUGCCCUUGGAGAGCGUGAAGAUAAUCCGUUUCAGUUGCGUAGAGGAUCAGACAGUCACAUAAAUGCAGUAUCUAAACGUAAAAGAAGAUUGCAAAGCCAUGGCUUUCUGUGCAAAGAUGAGGAGCACAAAGAAGAGCGAAGUAAACCUGGAAGCUCAGCAUCAGGGUUUAGAAAUACUUUUCUACCUGCAAGAUAAAACUCCCAUUUCUUACACCAGUGGCGAGUUCACCUCGGAGGAGCUGUGCAUUGAAGCGGCCCAGAGGUGUUCUGUGUCUCCUCUGUGCCAUAAUCUCUUUGCACUGUAUGAUGAGAACAAAAGACUCUGGUAUGCACCAAACCAGGUCUUUAAGAUAGAUGAAAAAACAUCAUACCGCCUCCAUUAUCGAAUGAGAUACUACUUUACAAACUGGCAUGGGACAAGUGAAAAUGAACCCCCAGUGUGGAGGCAUUUCCCAAGGAAGGCAAAGAACUAUGAGAAGAAGCUGGGACCAGAAGGAACCCCUAUUCUUGAUGCAAACUCAUUAGAAUACAUCUUUGCCCAGGGCCAGUACGACUUGGUGAAAGGCCUGGCACCGAUCCGUGAUCCUAAAAAUGAUCAAGAGGUUCAUGAAAUUGAAAACGAAUGUCUGGGCAUGGCUGUCCUUGCCAUCUCUCACUAUGCCAUCAAGAAAAAUGUGAAGCUUCCAGAGCUUCCCAAAGAUAUGAGUUACAAGCAUUACAUUCCUGAAACUCUGAACAAGACUAUCAGACAGAGGAAUUUCUUAACCAGGAUUCGGAUAAAUAAUGUUUUCAAGCAUUUCCUUAAAGAGUUUAACAACAAAACCAUUUGCGACAGUAGCGUGACUUCACGGGAUCUGAAAGUGAAAUACCUGUCAACCAUGGAGACCUUGACCAAACAUUAUGGAGCAGAAAUUUUUGAGACUUCUUUUUUGCUGUUUUCAUCUGAGAAUGAAAUAAAGAGAUCAAAUUGUGGAGACAAUGAGGUGCUCCCACUGUAUGAAGUCAUCGUAACGGGAAACAAUGGAAUUCAGUGGAGGCUCAAGCCAAAUUCUGGACAGACAGAGAAAGAGAAGAAGAAGAAAACUGAUGUUAAAACCAGAAAGGAUGAAGAAAAACACAAAAUUCAAGACACGUGGAACAACUUCUCUUAUUUUCCUGAAAUCACUCACAUUGUCAUCAAGGAGUCUACAGUCAGCAUUAACAAGCAGGAUAACAAAAGGAUGGAAUUAAAGCUGUCCUCACAUGAUGAGGCCCUGUCAUUCGCGUCGUUGAUAGAUGGGUACUUCAGACUUACAGCAGAUGCUCACCAUUACCUCUGCACAGAUGUGGCUCCCCCACUGAUUGAGCACAACAUAAAAAACGGAUGCCACGGACCCAUUUGCACGGAAUACGCCAUCAACAAGCUGCGCCAGGAAGGGAACGAAGCAGGAAGUUAUGUGCUGAGGUGGAGCUGCACAAACUUUAACCACAUCCUCAUGACAGUGACUUGUUCUGAAGGCUCAGAGCAGAUGGUAAAUAGUUCAGUCCAGUACAAGAACUUCCAGAUUGAAGUGAAGAAAGGCGGGUACUUCCUACAUGGAUCCAGCAAAUCUUUCUCAUCCUUGAAAGAGCUGAUGGAUCACCUGAAGGGACAAAUACUUCGGACAGACAACAUAAGCUUUACACUGAAGAGGUGCUGCCAACCAAAACCAAGAGAAAUCUCCAACUUGCUGGUUGCAACCAAGAAGGCACAGGAAUGGCAGCCAUUCUAUCACCUGGGGCAGCUGAGUUUCCAUCGGAUCCUGAAGGAGAAAAUCAUGCAGGAUGAACAUCUUGGAAGAGGGACGAGAACACAGAUUUACUCAGGGAUCCUCAACUACAAAGAUGACGAGAAUGAAGGCUAUCAAAAUGAAAAAGAGAUUAAAGUGCUCCUCAAAGUCUUGGACCCCAGCCACAGGGACAUUUCUUUGGCUUUCUUUGAAACAGCAAGUAUGAUGAGGCAGGUGUCUCACAAGCACAUCGUCCUCCUCCACGGAGUCUGCGUCCGCAACGUUGAAAACAUCAUGGUUGAAGAGUUUGUUGAAUUUGGGCCUCUGGAUCUGUUUAUGCAUCGGAAAAGUGAAGUUCUGACAACUCCUUGGAAGUUCAACGUUGCCAAACAACUUGCAAGUGCACUGAGCUACUUGGAGGAUAAGGAUUUGGUACAUGGAAAUGUGUGUACUAAAAACAUCCUACUGGCAAGAGAGGGAAUUGACACUGAAUAUGGUCCUUUCAUAAAGCUGAGUGACCCGGGAAUACCAAUAACUGUGCUGAGCAGACAAGAAUGCGUUGAGCGAAUCCCCUGGAUUGCACCUGAAUGUGUUGAAGACUCCAAAAAUUUAAGUGUUGCAGCAGAUAAGUGGAGUUUUGGUACAACCCUGUGGGAAAUCUGCUAUAAUGGAGAGAUACCACUGAAAGACAAGACGUUAGCAGAGAAGGAGAGGUUCUAUGAGGGGCAUUUUAUGUUGGCAACACCAUCGUGCAAGGAGCUGGCUGACCUGAUGAAGCAGUGCAUGAACUACGACCCCCAUCAGAGACCCUUCUUCAGAGCGAUCAUGAGAGACAUCAACAAGCUGGAGGAACAAAAUCCUGAUAUCGUCUCGGAGAAGAAGCCCUUCACAGAGGUGGAUCCCACUGUCUUUGAGAAGCGAUUCUUGAAAAGAAUCCGUGAUUUGGGAGAGGGCCACUUUGGCAAGGUGGAACUCUGCAGAUACGACCCAGAAGGUGACAAUACAGGGGAGCAAGUGGCAGUUAAAUCCCUGAAGCCAGAGAGUGGAGGGAAUCACAUCGCUGAUCUCAAGAAGGAAAUAGAGAUCUUGAGGAAUCUUUAUCAUGAGAACAUUGUCAAAUACAAGGGAAUUUGCACAGAAGAUGGUGGAAGUGGAAUUAAACUGAUCAUGGAAUUUCUUCCUUCUGGGAGCCUGAAGGAGUAUCUGCCACGGAACAAGAACAAAAUCAAUCUCAAACAGCUUCUGCGAUACGCGGUUCAGAUCUGCAAGGGAAUGGACUAUCUGGGCUCCCGUCAGUACGUGCAUCGUGACUUGGCAGCACGGAACGUCCUUGUCGAAAGCGAGAACAGAGUGAAGAUCGGGGACUUUGGCCUCACCAAAGCAAUCGAGACAGACAAGGAGUACUACACAGUCAAAGAUGACCUCGACAGCCCUGUCUUUUGGUAUGCUCCAGAGUGCUUGCUUCAGAGCAAGUUCUACAUUGCCUCGGAUGUCUGGUCGUUUGGGGUGACACUGUACGAGCUGCUUACCUACUGUGACUCGGAGUCCAGCCCCAUGGCAGAGUUCCUGAAGAUGAUCGGCCCCACGCAGGGGCAGAUGACAGUGGCACGGCUGGUGCGUGUCUUGCAGGAGGAGAAGCGUUUGCCACGGCCACCGAGCUGCCCAGAGGAGGUGGACCAGCUGAUGAGGAAGUGCUGGAUCUUCAAGCAUGACGAACGAACGACCUUUCACAAUCUGAUUCAAGGAUUUGAAACAAUUAUGAGUAAAAUGUAAUUCAUUUUUUGUAUAUCCUGUCAGUACUUUCAAUGUGUGUCAAAAUAUAAAUGCCCAAAACCUUUCAUUGUUUUUUUUAAUACCUACUGUAAUUUGUACUCUGACUGUGCUAAUGUGUUUUAAAGGAUUCUUUUUCCAA